UGCAAACACAUUCCUUUCAUCACUUCGAUCAUUGAUAUUCAUUAUUCAAACCCCUUCAAUCCCCAUGAGCAACAACAACAGGUGGUCUUUGCUGAGCCGCCUAAGGAGGGCAGUGAAGAAGGUGAGCUUUCUUCUCGAUCUCAGUAUGAGCCGCUGGCGAAUCGCCUCCAUGUUCAGCCGUUCUUCUUCUAAUGUUCUACGCAUAAAGAGCUUCAAUGAUCGGCCGGCUGGACUGACCGCAGCUUGCGACUCCGAUGAGAACACAGAGGAGGAUUCCGGGUCUUCUAGGGGAUCACGUCAUCUUCAGAGGACUAUAAGCUACCCGUCGGAUCAAGAUGAUAUUGAUCAGAGAGCAGAGAUGUUCAUAGCGAAUUUCCGGCGCCAACUUCAGAUUGAAAGACAGAUCUCUCUGGAGCUGAGUUACUGUAGAGGAAACAGUUUUCAGUUGGCAUCUCCUUGAUCACCUUAGCUUUGUGAUGAGGGAGUUCGUUGACGUUCUGUGAAUUUUCAUUUUGUCAAGAGGAGCAUUGGAGCAAUGAAGAAAUCUUCACACUUGCGAAUUCGGAACCUAUUUUAAGAUGGUUCUACAGUUCUACUUCAUUUUUUCAUUCUUACAUUUUGUGGCUUUAUUAAUUUGAUUGCCCAACAGAUCGAGUUGCGUACAGUUUAUAGAAUAAGUAUUACUCUACACAUUCUUUGUAAUCUAUGUAAACUCACGGUUCUUAUGUAUUGUCAUUGCAUACUGUGGACUUUCAUUUAAAUGAGAUUUCAAGCCUAAUAGCCAAUGGUUUUGGGAAGAGCUGGAAUUGAAUAAAUGAAUAUGUCUGGCCAUUUUUUUCUAGUUAAUAAAUUUGCAUUGUU